UUCACGGACGGAGAUUUUUACAUUUCUGUUCAGAGCUUUAGAGAAGAAGACAAACAAAAAAAAAAAUACACACAGACUCAAGAUUACUUAUAUUAGGCCUGUGUUUGCUAACUAAAGAGGUGCAAUGGUGAGGGUAGAUUCUCCACACAUCUGUGCAGAUAUUAACAUGAGUGGAGAGCCUGUAGAACCCACAGAUGCCCCCAAUGAACAGGCGGAUGAGCGAAAUGGGCUCGAUUUUGCCAGACAGAUAAAGACAGAGGAUCUCAACACCUCCUCACCAGCACACAAGACAUGUUUCCUUACUCAAGAAUCUCCCAAGCCCAACGAGCACCUGACAGCGGACUUACCCCCACUGCACCCCCUUCAGCAGCUGGUGCUGGUGCCAGGGUCUCACCUCCCCUCUUCCUCACCCUUCCUCCUCUCUCAGACCCAGAAUGGGCACCAAGCUCUGCUAUCCCUGCCCUCACAGUCCCAGUCAGGCCUGCUUCAGCACCAACCUGGCUUGGCCCUCACCCCCCAGUCAGCGAGUCGCGCGGGUUCGGCAGCGGCUCCCCUGGAAGGCCACCUGGGCAUGGCCCACCUGCAGGCCCCCAAACACCUGGGCAUGGCCCACCUGCAGGCCCCCAAACACCUGGGCACUGCCCAGCAGGAUGAAGCGACCGACCUGGAGGAGCUGGAGCACUUUGCCAAGGCUUUCAAACAAAGACGCAUCAAACUGGGCUUCACUCAGGGAGACGUGGGCCUGGCCAUAGGGAAGCUGUAUGGGAACGACUUCAGCCAAACCACCAUCUCCCGCUUCGAAGCCCUCAACCUCAGCUUCAAAAACAUGUGCAAACUCAAGCCACUGCUGGAAAAAUGGCUCAGUGAUGCAGAAAACUCCCCCUCAGACAGCAAGUCCAGUAAUGAAACCAUGCCCCUGCUCAUCGAAUGCUUUGGGAGAAAGAGGAAGAAAAGAACGAGCAUUGAAACCAACAUUAAACUAACACUGGAGAAACACUUUGUGCAUAACCCAAAGCCCUGCUCAGAGGAGAUUGUCAUAAUCUCAGAUCAACUGGCCAUGAAGAAGGAGGUGGUCAGGGUCUGGUUCUGUAACCGGCGACAGAAACAAAAGCGGAUCUGCAGCCUGUCGCCUAUGAAAUCCCCCAACUACAGCUCUCAGCUGGCUCCUACUUCCAGGUCAUUCUGUCCUCUCAAUGAAAGUGGAGUAUCGUCUGGUUCCUCCUCCAGUAGUCCCAGCCGUGGGCCGUCCCCUGGCGCUGUCCCCUCUGGCAUUAACACUCUGACUGCGCAGGGCAGCAGCCAGUCCCUUAACAUUACAGGAUCCUGGUAUCGAGCAUGGAACCACUUGUCCUAUCUCCAUUGAGAGCGCCAUGUACAGAAACACAUGCGGAAAACCUGCCAAACGUGCUAAAACUAUCCAAACAAACACUGAAACCGACCACACACAACCAUGCUAAACCAGAGAAAAGACACUCAAGACCAGUAGCCCUGGGAAACAGCCAUUUUGUGAAACCUUACUCUGGUAUAAUUACAAUAACUCAGAGAAAGUUGGAAUUUAUGUAAAUAUAUGAACGGUUUUUAUUUUUUUAGACAAAUGAAAUAACUUCAAACCAUCCUUUCCACUUGUUCUUGUAUAAAUUUGACUGCAGCAAGUAACAGAGGAUUGAAAUCAAGAAGCAUUUUGUGUGCUGGAGAUUGUGAUUCCUCUAUCCUUAUGAGGCUAUGUGGGUACACUGGGAAAGACUCGUACUUAUGUCAGGCUGUUUACAGCAUCAAUCAUUUUAAAAACCGAAACCAUGAUUGCAUCGUGAAUCUUGACUCAUGGUGUAAAAUGCUAAACCUAUGAAGGUGUACAUAAUCACUGUUUAGAAUUUUACUGCAAAUAUUACCACAUUCCACAGUUAGGCCUAAUAAUGGAGUCACUUUCUUUAUAUUUGUAUUUUUCUACCAUUUUUUAUGUAUCUCUAAGAAUAA